AUGAAGAUGCUAACAAAGUUUGAAUCUAAAUCGUCUAGAGCUAAAGGUGUUGCCUUUCAUCCGACUAGGCCAUGGAUUCUAGUGUCCUUACACUCAUCAACGAUCCAGCUAUGGGACUAUCGUAUGGGAACAUUGAUUGCUCGGUUCGAAGGUCACGAUGGACCUGUUAGAGGCAUAGACUUCCACCCCACUCAGCCCAUCUUUGUUUCAGGUGGUGAUGAUUACACUAUUAAAGUUUGGUCUUUGAAAACUAAAAAGUGCAUGUUUACUUUGUCGGGCCAUUUAGACUAUGUUCGUACCGUUUUCUUCCACCACGAGCUUCCUUGGAUUAUUUCUGCCUCUGAUGAUCAGACCAUCCGUAUUUGGAAUUGGCAGAGUCGUAAAGAAAUUGCUUGCCUUACAGGCCAUAAUCACUACGUUAUGUGCGCACAGUUCCAUCCAACCCAGGAUCUUGUUGUUUCUGCUUCUUUGGAUCAAACUGUCCGUGUUUGGGACAUAUCUGGUCUCUGUAAGAAGCAUUCUGCUCCACAGGGUGCUCUCGGUAUGAACACCGCCGCUGUCGGUAUGAACUCGUUUGAAUCUCAGCAACAGAUUCCUCAACAGGAUAUUUUUGGCAAUACUGAUGCUGUUGUCAAAUACGUUCUUGAAGGUCACGACAAAGGUGUCAAUUGGGCCACUUUCCAUCCGACUCUACCAUUGAUUGUUUCUGGUGGUGACGACCGAGUCGUCAAAGUGUGGCGUAUGAGUGAUUCGCGUGCCUGGGAAGUCGACAGUUGUAGGGGACAUACGAACAAUGUUCCUUGUGUUCUUUUCCACCCUACUGAGGAUUUGAUAAUUUCUGUGGGUGAGGAUAAAACCAUUCGUACAUGGGACUUGAACACUCGUACUCCCGUUAAACAGUUUAAACGCGAAAAUGAUAGAUUCUGGCUGAUUGCCGCCCAUCCAAAUAUGAAUUUGUUUGCCGCAUGUCAUGAUUCUGGUGUUAUGGUAUUCAAGUUGGAUCGUGAAAGACCGGCAAGUACACUGUUCCAAAACUCUGUCUUUUUCGUCAACAACGAAUUCCAACUUCAACGCUACUCCUUUGACAGACAAGAAGCUUCAAUGCCAUUACUUUCUCUUAAAAAGGUUGCUGUUCCUUGGAACAAGAUUCGCAAAAUCUCUUAUAAUCCUGCUGAGAAUGCCAUCUUGAUCCAAUCUGGCGAAAACGAAGCCGGCAUUUAUGCCUAUAUUCCUGUUCCCAAGGAAGCUGUCGGCGCCUUGGACGCUACUCCAAGAGGCCAAGGCAAGGCUACUGCUGCCUGCUUUAUUGCGCGUAACAGAUACGUGACUUUCUCCAAAAUUACUCAUAAAUUGGAAGUUAGAGAUUUGAAUGAUAACGUCACUAAGGCCAUCGCUAUGGAUUCUACCGUUAAGGACAUUGUUUACGCUGGGCCUGGUGUCAUUUUUCUAAUGAUGCCAACUAAAGUUGUCACCUAUGAUGUGCAACAGAAACGUCAAAUCGCCGAGAUUCAGGUGAACAAUGCUAAGUAUGCAUCUUGGUCUCCUGAUGGAAAGCAUGUUGCUUUGCUCUCUAAGCACACCAUCACAAUUGCCAAUCGUAAACUUGAAUCAAUAAUGUCUAUGCACGAGACCAUUCGUGUGAAGAGUGCGGCAUGGGAUGAUACUGGUGUUCUUAUCUAUUCCACUUUGAACCAUCUAAAAUAUGCCCUUUUGAAUGGUGAUAUUGGCACCAUCAAGACAUUGGAAAACACUCUUUAUAUAAUGAAGGUUUCUGGCUCUACCUGUUUCUGUCUCAACAGAAAGGGUGCAGUUGAAGAAGUUCAGAUUGACCCUACCGAAUACAGAUUCAAGAGGGCCUUAGUCAAUAAGAAGUUCGGCGAGGUUUUGCGUCUCAUUCAACAUUCUAACUUGGUUGGUGAGAGUAUAAUUGGAUACCUAGAGAAGCGCGGAUAUCCUGAGGUUGCUCUUCAAUUUGUCCAGGAUCCUGAGACUAGAUUUGAGUUAGCCAUUGAAUGUCACAACCUUGAUAUUGCCCUUGAAGAAGCGCAAAAACUCAAUAAGCCUGCCAUCUGGGAAAAGCUUGGUAAAGAGGCUCUUUCUCAAGGACAAAUCUCCAUUGUGGAAACUGUCUAUCAACAGCUUCAUCAACUUGAGAAACUGUCAUUCUUUUAUUUGAUUACGGGAGACCUGAAUAAAUUAUCCAAAAUGGAGCAGAUUGCCGAAUCUCGUGGUGAUAUGUCUUCUAUUGUACAGAACAGUAUAUACUUGGGAUCUGUUGAAAAACGGAUUCAAGUGUUGACUCAAGCUGGUUUGGCUCCGUUGGCAUAUGCUACAGCCAAGUCUAAUGGACUGGAUGAGAUUGCCCAGCAAAUUCUUGAAGAUUCGGAUCGCGAUUCUCCUCCCGAGCUUCCAUCUGGAGCCAAGGCUAUAUCUGUCGCACAACCAAAAGUUUCUAGGGCAACGGACUUCCCACUCAAAGCUGCUUCUCUUUCAUUCUUUGAACAGGCUUUGUCCGGCAACAUGGAGCAUUUGUCUUUGGAAGGUGAAGGAGAAUAUGUAAAGUCUCCAACUGAAAACGGUGCCGCCGUUGCAUUUGAAGAGGAUGCUAUCUUUUCUGACUCACCAGUCGAGGAAGAUGACGGCUGGGAUAUGGGUGAUGAUCAGUUGGAUGUAGAUGCGGGAGAGAAAAUAGAGGAAGAAAGCGCAGAUAUUGCUGGUGUGCCUGGAGAGUUGGGUGCCUGGAUUAGAAACUCCAAAUGCGCUGCUGGAUACAUUGCUGCAGGUGCAUUUGAAGCGGCUGCACAAAUGCUCAAUAAACAGGCGGGUAUCACUAACUUCGAGCCUCUUCGUGCCAGAUUCAUGCAAAUAUACCAGGCUAGUAAGCUUUCGUUCCCUGCUGUUGACGGACUGCCUUCCCUUCCAGCUUAUAUUAGAAACAAUGCUGACGAGAGCUCCAGAGCUGCCCCUUACAUUCCAGGAUAUGAUCAGCUUGAACCUCUACUCCAUGAAGGUUUUAGGUUGUUCAAGGCCAAUAAAUUAGCGGAAGCCGUGACGGUGUUCCGUAAGACCAUUUUAAUUAUUGCAACCCUUGUUGUGGACGAUGAGGACAAGGAAGAAAAAUGUAGGGAGAUACUUACUCUUUGCAGAGAGUACAUCUUAGGGCUUUCUAUCGAGUUAAAGAGAAGAAGUUUGCCUGCUUCGGAAGUGAAACGCAACUUGGAGUUUGCUGCUUAUUUCACCAGAGCCAAGCUGCAACCUGCACACAGAGUGAAUGCUCUCCAAGUGGCCAUGACUCAGUCAUUCAAGCACAAAAACUAUGCUAUGGCUUCGUUUUUUGCCAGUGAAUUCCUCAAGAUUAUGCCUUCCGGUGCUAGGGCAGAGCAAGCGAAGAAGGUGAAGGAUAGAGCUGACUCAAUCUCGACGGAUGCCGUUGAGAUAGAUUUUGAUCCUUACGCAGAGUUUGAGAUUUGUGCUGGUACUUACUCGCCUAUCUACAAAGGUACUCCUAGUGUUAGCGAUCCCUUAACUGGAGCCAAAUAUCAAACUUCCGAGAAGGGUAAACUGUGCCAAAUUACGCAGAUUUCGACCAUUGGUGCACCUGCUUCCGGCUUGAGAAUCCGAGCUUGA